AUGUUGUCACUGAAAAAGCGUCCUCUGCUAUCAAAAUACAAUGCACCAACUGUUGAAAGCGAUUCUGAAGGAGAAGACAAUGCUCCGAAAAGGUCGCCAUUGCCAACAGUGGACAGCAAUUUCAAGAUUCCUUGGCGAAAGGAGAAAAAGGGAGACGCAGAUGGAUUCUUCGUCUUGGACACAGGAAAUGUAGAUGAGGCGCUACCUGCAUCUCUGGCAAGUGGGAAGGACGUAGUGGAAAAGUCAAACAGUUCCAUUCAUGGCAGCACCUCUGAUACCAGCUUGGUGGAUGAAAGAUUACAAAAGUUACUCGAUAAAGCAGUGUGUGGUCCAUCUUUCGAAAAGAACUAUGGUGAAACCGCGAAACUAAUGGGAAGGAGAGCCAUGAAGAGACUGAGAAAGAUUGAGCGUGAAAAGACAAAGGGACGUGACUGGUUUGAUCUUCCUGCUAGUGAACUUACUGAAGAAGCAAAGGCGGACUUGGAAUUGCUUCAGAUGCGUUCCGCUAUUGAUCCGCUCGCAUUUUACAGAAGAAAUGAUCGCAAAGUUCUACCCAAGUAUUUCCAGGUUGGACGUGUUGUCGAUGCUCCGGAAGACUUUUAUAGCAGUCGUAUGCCUAAGAAGGAAAGAAAACGUACGAUGUUAGACGAAUUGCUCAAUGAUCAGCGACUUACGCAGUCGAAACGAGAGAAGUAUAAUGCCAUACAAGAGCGCGAAAAGCGAAAAAGGCGUGGCGCUUUCCAGCAUUCUGGUCCCCGACGGAGCCGAAAAGAAAAGACGGCUGGUAGAAAAAGAAAAGAGAAAUAA